UUUCCGGUCCACAUGUAAACGCGUUGUUUUUAGUUUGCACGGUAAAUAAUUAUAGUUACUGUAGAUACAGUAUAUAUUGACAAAGCUACUGGUUCUCACUUUCUUUGAUUAUAUAAGCGACAUUCAUAGACUCUAAGCAUGAAACUACUGACGCACAACAUGUUGACAUCUCACGUGAAAGGGGUAACCAAAGGAUACCCUCUCCUCAUCAAGGCGACGGAGGUGAAAGUGAGUGAGGUGGAGUUUAAUCCCAAUUUCGUGAGUCGAAUGAUCCCCUCAUCCACCACCCUCUCACCCCAACCGUUCAUUGUAUGGGACUGCUGGCAUUAGAAGUGAGGGAAAACUGGACUCUUGUUUGAGUGUAUAGGAAAAAAUACCACACUGUUGAAUUGGUUAUAUAGUAUAGUACCUGGGGCAAUGAAAUGUGAACACACUGCUGCCCCAUGAAAACCACAGAACGGAUCUGAAUGCUUCUACAUUGUCCAAUAUCUGUGAGCUGAUUUUGUUUUAUUUAUUUUUAUAAAAAUGUUUCGGUG